AUGUCCACGCUCCACAAGUCCACGGGCAGGAGCGACGGGCAUUCAGCACCACGAGAGCGGUGGACAGCUCCUCGCGUCCCACAGGCUUCCUUCCUCCGUCGCUCCCGGCAAGUCCGCCUCGCGGCCGUUUCCUUUUCUCCCAAAUGCCUGUUGCUAUUUGGAAAGGGCUACCCCUACGAGGGUGGAUCAGGAGCGAUCGAGGAAACAGAUCGAGAUCUGCAG